CGCCACGACGCCCAUCUGCAACCAAACUGUCAACCUGCAGCAUUAGGAUUCCUGUACAGUACAAUUCGUUCUUUACCACUAACCCAUACGCAACAGAAUUACUUCUACCUCCGCCUUCGGUGACAUGGUCGCAUAAACUCCCAUCCUGCGCUUUGUGAAUCUCGACUGGAGAAACUUCCUUCUGCCACCACCCUCUCAUGCGAUUCGACCCUCAUCCUCAUCCCCAUCCUCGUGCCGAUAUCCAUAGCAAAUACCCCAUACCAAUAGCUUCCUACCUCAUCUGCGAAACCCAGAUCUACUGGCGUGCACCGCGACGAUGGAUCCCGAUAACCACCCCGACCGAUUGACGGAACCCCACGAACCACAAGACCAGCAUCGAGAGAGAACUGGCAGUAUGUCACUGGGCGCAAACCUCAAUGGUGAUGAUGUAUCACCUCUUAAUGGCGACUCUGCUGCUCCGGUACCUCAAGCAGCUUUUGUGGACCCCAAUGCGCAAGCCGUUAGUGAUGUGGUUAGUUCGGAGGUAAGAGCUCACUAGUCCUCGUUGCCAUCCAAGCUAAUCAGACUUCUGAACAGAUUGGUGUUUCCACGUUGUUGAAUCGACUGAAGCAAUCUCUCGCAUCGGCCAAGGUAAAACUCCACCCUAUUCAUAUCGCAGCGCGUACUAACCACGUUUGUGUAGGAAUUCGCAACCUUUCUCAAGAAGCGAUCGACUUUGGAAGAGGAGCAUUCGGCAGGUCUCAAGAAGUUAUGCAGAUCGACCAGUGAAAGCAUUCGGAGGCCCGAUCAUCGCCAUGGGUCUUUUCUACAAUCCUACGAAGAAAUUAAUACCAUACAUGAGCGCAUGGCAGAUAAUGGGGCGCAAUUUGGAAUGUCGUUGCACCAAAUGCACGAAGACUUGUUAGAAAUGGUAGCAAACAUCGAGCGGGGUAGAAAGCAUUGGAAGACAAACGGAAUGUCGGCAGAACAGCGAGCUGCGGAUUCCGAGAACCUCAUGAGAAAGUCCAAGGCCAAAUAUGAUUCUUUGGCGGAGGAUUACGAUCGUGCCAAAACUGGGGAUCGUCAAGCCGGGAAGAAAUUUGGAUUAAAAGGACCAAAGUCAGCGGCUCAGCAUGAAGAGGAUCUACUGAGAAAACUCCAAGCUGCAGAUGCCGAUUAUGCUGCCAAGGUACUCGCUGCCCAAGGACUGAGACAGGAGCUUUUGUCGAAAUUAAGACCGGAUGCUGUCAAGUCCCUUCAAGAGUUGAUCAAAGAAUGCGAUUCGGCUGUGACUUUACAAAUGCAAAAGUUUGGUAUGUUGACAUUUUAUACGUCAUAUGGGCAGGAUUAUGCUAAUCGGAUGCACAGCUUCUUUUAACGAGAAACUCCUCUUGAGCAACGGUAUGGAUGUUAGCCCAAUCCAAGGUGCAGAAAAAGGCACCAAAUAUCGAAGCUUGCGGGAGGUUGUUCAGUCUAUCAACAACGAGCAAGAUCUUAGCUCUUAUAUAAGCAGCUUUGUCGGUAAAAUUGGGCCUCGAAAUCAAGAGAUUAAAUAUGAGCGUCAUCCAGUUAGUAGACCUUGUGUGUAAAGUUUGUAUACUCGCUGACAUUACAAGGUGUUAAAUCCCAGUGGACAAAGUGCGCAACGUCAAUCUGGACCUCCAGCUUCGUAUACAAACAGACCAUCUACUUUGGGUUCCUCACAGCCUGUACAGACUGCCCCUUCGCACCAAAGUCAUGCGAGCCAACCUUUCAACCAAAUGCCAGCAUCCAGCAGUCAACAGCAUGAGAGAAAUUUUAGUGGCGGUUCAACGGUACAACAAUAUGGAACUACAUCUGGCCCUCCUAGCGGUCCCCCCCAGAGCGCAGGCGGUCACAACUCUGGCUCUACUCCCACCACCACUGGUUAUAAUUCGGUUCCUGCUGGCGAUACUGGUCCUCCUCAACUUUCAUCACUUCCAUUCCAAACAUCUCAGCCCCCACCUCCGACUUUCCCAGUGCAGCAAUAUCUGCCUUCCCACCCGAACUUUUCACAAAAGGGGCUUCCGGGCCCUUAUUCUCAACCCCCAAGCAGUACUGCAGGCGGAGCUUUGCCUCCUCUCCGGCCAGUAUUCGGCCUCACGCUGGAAGAACUUUUUGAGAGGGAUAUGACAGCUGUACCCAUGGUGGUCUCGCAAUGUAUACAGGCCGUUGAUCUGUUUGGUUUGGAAGUGGAGGGGAUCUACCGGGUAUCAGGAACAGCGUCCCAUAUUAACAAGAUCAAGUCUAUCUUCGAUAAUGGUAAGUGCAUAUGAUAACUUUUCCCGCAAUGCGAUUCUAACGCAGAUGUAGACGCAUCCAAGGUAGAUUUUCGGCACCCGGAAAACUUCUUCCAAGAUGUUAACAGCGUUGCUGGACUUCUUAAACAAUUCUUUCGGGAACUCCCUGAUCCACUUUUGACUACCGAGCACUAUGCUGGAUUUAUUGAGGCUGCGAGUGAGUUGAGUCUUGGUGGUUGUGAUACAUUUGUAGCUGACAUGUCUCAGAACAUGACGACGAUAUUGUUCGCCGCGAUUCGCUUCAUGCCAUUAUUAAUAGUCUUCCUGAUCCAAAUUACGCAACGCUCCGUGCGUUGACGCUGCAUCUUGAUCGAGUGCAGAAGGCGUCGGCCAUCAAUCGCAUGAAUGCUAGUAAUUUGGCGGUGGUGUUUGGACCAACCUUGAUGGGCACGAACUCGGGACCCAAUAUUGCGGAUUCGGGAUGGCAGGUCAAGGUGAUUGAUACGAUACUGCAAAACACGCUGCAAAUCUUUGAUGACGAUUGAAGGGGCAUCAAGUGAGGAAGGGAGGGGGUAUGCCGUGGUGAACUUGUGAGAUAGUGGGUUAUUCUGUGUUGUAUAAUAAGUAAGUACAGUACGGAGGCAUAGGCAGCAUGGUGGCAGGGUGUGGUGACCGCACUGCUCAGUUGAUACCGUCAUUGUUUCCUUGGGCAGACACAGACACAGACACGCACAGAGAGAGAGAAGAGAUAAUAAAAUUGAUGAGCGCGUCGAUUUGUAAUUUCCAUAGGGUCUUUGAUAAGGAAGUGACUUGGUCCUUCGGCUCAGACUUCGGCUCAGACUUCGGCGGAGAUGAGUCUUUUUAUGGGACCCCUGGUUCUGGGAGGAUUCUGAGAGGGGCGGUACGACGGUGAAUGCACCAGUGAUGCACCCUUUCUGUCCAUGCAGCCAUUGCAGCCAUUGUCGGCCAAGCGGGAGUGUAAGGGUCUGGGUGGACAUUGUCUCGAUGGGAUCUGUAUGGCGUAUGGCUCGUGAGCGAUUAGG